AUGACGAUGCUUUUCAUCUCCUUGGUCUCCUUCAUGGCGUAUUUGUACUAUUGGUUUUUCAUCGUAUACUCAGCCGCCUCGGGCGCCGGUUCGUUCAUAUCGUCCAUCUUCGAUUGCCUGUUUGACUCCGGCAACGCCGUUAUUUCCAUUUUCACAUUCGACUGGGUUCGCAUGAUCGGCAUACCCUGGUUCGGCCGUGCGACGGUCGUUGCGCCAGUCAUGUCUAACUUUACUGCGUUCUCGUUCUCCUUUCUUUUCGGCGUUCUGGCGCUUCAGCUAUUCGGUAAUCUCGUCUAA